CACAACAUCAUCUACUCGACUCUCAACACUCAACUCUUUUUACUCUCCCUCGACUAGGAACUUCUCAACUAAUACCACCAACAACCGCCAAAAUGCAGUCCAUUUUCGCCAUCACUAUCACCCUCUUGUCCGUCCUUUCCCCCGUCCUCGCUGUUCCUUCCUCGGCUGAGCAUCCUGAGCUUGUCGCUCGUACUCCCGGCAAUGUUUACGUCUGCACCGGCUCCAACUGGCAAAACACGUGCGAGGUUCUGAGCCUCGGCAUCACAGGCACCUGCACCAGGCUUCCUUCCACCUAUGAUGGUCAUAUUGGCUCUGCUGGUCCUGACCAGGGCGCCAUUUGCCGUCUCUUUGCCAACGGAGACUGCACCGGCUCCGGCCUCGCCAUCCUUACAUACCCCGGCGAUGCCAACUUGUACAACUCGGUCAAUGGCAUUGAUGCUGGCCAUCAGGCUCAUUACAUCCAGUGCCGCCAGUGCACCAACUGUGUAUAAAGGAUCUGGGUUGACGAUAUGAUGAACUGGUUGUGAUCAUGGGAGGGGGCUGUAUAAAUGAGAUGGCGCCAUCGAGGAACGUAUAUAUGGUGGCUUCUCAGCUCAAUUGGGUAACCAGUACAUAUAUUGAUGUUGGACAUAAUAUAAUCCAUCUUUUGCCACUGUAUUUGUAAUUUGGCGCUAUC